AUGAAACAAAUUAUACGAAAUCAAUUAAUACGAAACUAUUCCAAUAAGAUAGACUUCAUAUCAAAUGAAGUUAAACAUAUAUUUGAGGUUGAAAAAUUAACACCAGAAGAAAAUCUAGCUGCUAUUCCUAAAAAACCAAUAAUUCCUAAAAAUAUAACAAAAUUUCAACAUUCAAUAAUUAAACCAAAAGAUGUAUUGGAUCUAUAUACUAAAUUUAACUUAAAUGAUGUUUUAAUAUCAAUACUAUCAAAAUCUAAGAAAUUGCAUGGAGUUGAAAACUUUCAAAUUGUAUCUAAAGAUGGUAUAAUUCCAAAUAUAUAUUUUCCAAAUUCUGCCAUUAUUUUAAAGUGGAUAAAGGCAUUCAAUAAGAAAAUAUACAGUUUGAAACCCAUCCCAGUAGAAAAUUACAUAAACACGACUUUAAAAAAUGCAGAAUUGGAAGAUUUGGUGAAGCAGUCACUGUUUGAUAAAAUUUUUAAUAUUUAUAGAGUUAUUAAAAGUUCGAGGGAUUUAAAAUAUGGAAACAGAGUUGAAGAAAAUGCAAUAACUUUAAAUAAUUUGUCCAUGUUGGUUCUUAAUCAAUCAAAUGAAGUUAUUGAAAAUUAUUUAGAAUAUCUUAUGGAAUUAACAUAUGUUCAAUAUUUUACAUUACACGGAUUAAAAGAUUUCAUUAAUCAACUAAGUUUGAAUGGAGAUAUAUUGAAUCUUAAUGAGUUUAUAAUAUAUUUAAAUGGUGAAAUUCCACAAUUAUUCAAUCAUAUGUCUAGUGAGUCAUUGGAUAAAAUAUCUGGAUUCAUUGAAAAUAAAGAAAUAUCAAGAAACGCAUUAGAGAUAUUGAUCAAGAGGGGUUAUUUACCUUCUGAAUCAUCAAUAAAUAAUCAUUUAAAACAUUACAUAAAUGAAAAUGAUCCAGUGAGAUUAACUACUGAGUUGACAUUUUUAAAACCCGUGUUUCAUAAAUUUUCAAAUGAGUUGAUUGUUUCUAUUUUAUUAAAAACAAUUACUAACAUAAUUGAAUUUGAUAAAUUUAUACAACUACUCAAGUCAUUCAAUGAUCCAAAUUUGUUAAAUAAGUAUCAAUUAUCAUUAUUUAAGAAGUUGAUGUUAUUGAAACCUACCAAAUUAGAAAUCGCCCAAUUUGUAAAUAUUUCAAAACUGAACAAGAUAGAAAUAAAUCAAGAAAUUAUGGAAAUAUUAAAUGAAAGAUUUAAAUAA